UCGGUUAUAAAAAAAACGAUGGUACUACGUACACUAUUAAUAUGGAUUUGUGUGAUUAACAUUACAAAUAGAAAUGCGUAUCUGAAUAUAUAAUAGGGUAUAACACUGUGGGCAUACGAAGUAAAGACGAAGAAGUAAAUUAUUUUUACGUCUGUAUAAGCUCCAAUGGUUGCAGUCCUUUCGUUAACGUUAAGUAAUGAAUGUUUUAGGAGUCAUUGCAAAAGUGGUCUGUAAAACCGAACGCCAGUCUCUUGUGAAACUAGUAAAAUAUGCAGAAACUGGAAUACGAUCUCAGCAUGUUUGUAAAGGACGAAUGUAUUCAGUCAGCGAAACUAAUCAGAGUGAGGAACUAGACAAAUUAUAUCGAAUGGUAGAGGUGGAGGUUAGAGGAAAUGAUCCUGCUGUGCUAAAGAGUUACACAUGGUUUGCAACAACAGCUGCAAAAGAGUUGGGGAUCACAAUAGGAGAAUGCUGGACACCUCGCAAAGCAAAUCAUGAGCGCCUCACACUUCUCAAGUCUGUUCACAUCUACAAGAAGCAUCGGGUACAGUAUGAAAUACGUACGUAUUUCCGCUUCAUGCAGUUCCUACGUCUCACUGGUUCCACAGCUGAUACCUUCCUCGAGUACAUCCAGCGUAACCUGCCAGAAGGUGUAGCUAUGAAAGUGACAAAAGUUGAAAUAACAGCCAUCCCAUCACACAUCAGAACCCCAAAUGAACCUCAGCAACAAGCCCUGUCAUCAGGUGUGCAAGCAAGCAACCAAUGAAUGGACCACAAAAACAACAUAUAUGAUUCUGGAAUGUAGUAGCAUAAUUGUGCUUGUUAAUUUACACAGAAUGUAAUAAAUAUAAUGUGUCAUCUUGUGA